AUGAACCGGCAGCUACUGCACAUUGUGACAGCCUUGUUUGCAUUUUUCUUAGAAACAAAUCGCUUCAGGACGGCUUUCUGCAAAGACCAUGACUCCAGGUCCGGAAAACCGCCUUCGCAGACUCUGUCUCCCUCGGAUUUCUUGGACAAAUUGAUGGGAAGGACAUCGGGAUAUGAUGCAAGAAUCCGGCCAAAUUUCAAAGGUCCUCCAGUAAACGUUACUUGCAAUAUUUUUAUCAACAGUUUCGGAUCAGUCACGGAAACCACCAUGGACUAUCGAGUGAACAUCUUUUUGAGACAACAAUGGAAUGACUCACGGCUGGCGUACAGUGAGUACCCGGACGACUCCCUGGACUUGGACCCAUCUAUGCUAGACUCCAUCUGGAAACCAGAUCUGUUCUUUGCCAAUGAGAAGGGGGCCAACUUCCACGAUGUCACCACCGACAACAAAUUGCUACGGAUUUCAAAAAACGGCAAAGUGCUGUACAGUAUCAGACUCACCUUGACGUUAUCCUGCCCCAUGGACUUGAAGAACUUUCCAAUGGACGUGCAGACGUGUACAAUGCAGCUGGAGAGUUGUAAGUCACCGCUGUCUAAAUGA